AUGCUUCACGACCAGGAUGGCUUUGUCCGCCUGCCGCAUGAACAACUGGUCUAUACAUCACCGCCUCGUACUAGUCUCUCUUUACAGCCACUGGGCUCAUCCGGUGGCAAAAACUCGUUUUCCAUCCAAAGCAGCGCCGGACAAAUCUAUUUGACAAACCAGCGGGUUGUGUAUAUCCCAGCGCAGAAAUCGCAGACCUUCCAGUCAUUCUCUGCGCCACUACUGAAUAUCCAUGACACCCACGUCACUGCUCCGUUCUUUGGGCCGAAUGCAUGGAUAUCAUUAAUCCAACCGGUAUCUGGAGGCGGCAUCCCUCCGUCUCUGCCUGCCGUGCAGGUGAAAGUGACUUUCAAGGAGGGAGGCGCAUUCGACUUUCAUAAUCAUUUCGAGCGGAUCAAGGAGCGUUUACAGCAGGCGGUCGAGAACUCGCAAGCAAGCAGUCGUGGAGUCCAGAACGUCGACCUCUCCACGAUCCAUCUCGACGAGCUGCCAGCCUAUUCUGGCCCCUCAAACGGCAGUGCUGGGGCUGAACAAGCCCACAGAGACCAACCCAUGAGUCCACAGAGCCAUCACCAUAGCCCAGAGACGGACUCCAGCCUGGUGGAACCACCGCCGGACUAUGAGACGGUCCAGCAGCAGAGUGUGGCAGAUGAGCUGGAGGCGAGACUGCGUCGUGCCAUCCCCUGCCGAACGGAUUGGCCAAUCACGUGUGCGAUAAUUGGCCUUUCGCCGGCGGCCGGGGCGUUCCGAUUUUCCCAGACGGCAAGAAGUGCCAAAGCUCAAAACCGCCAACCUCAUCCAAACUCGCUCGUUGCUGCCCACCGCACCACCACCACCACCCCCACACCUUCGCCAAUCCUAGGUCCUCCCCGGAAGUCAUCAAUUGACCAAUUUCCUCCCUCCACAUACGACACAAUGGGUCUCGCCGACUUUUUCUCCGACGUCAUCUCCUCCUUCGGCUUCCCCGAGGCUCAGGCUGAGGCUCCCGCCGAGUCCGUCGAGCAGACCAGCAGCCAGGAGGCCGAGUCCGAGGAGAAGCCCGCUGAGGAGGCUGCUGCUUCCAGCGAAGAGUCCACCGAGGAGUCUGCUGAGGAGACCCCCGCUGAGGAGUCCGCCGAGGAGGAGGCGCCGCAGGAGGAGGAAGAGGAGGAGGAAGAAGAGGAGGAAGAGGAGGAGGAGGAGCCCGAGGAUGUCAAGCCCAAGCUCGAGGAGGAGUGCGCCAACUCCGCCCAGUGCGCCCCCUACAAGCACCACUUCGAUGAGUGCAUUGAGCGCGUAACCAAGCAGGAGGAGGAUGAGGACUACAAGGGUCCCAAGGAGGAUUGCGUUGAGGAGUUCUUCCACCUCACGCACUGCGCUACCCAGUGCGCCGCCCCCAAGCUCUGGAAGCAGCUCAAAUAA